UCUUGAACCACAUCCGCUCGUUCUCUUCAUUCGUCCAGCCUUAUCUCUUCGUUUGUCCAGCUCGUCCAACCUUAUCUCUUCGUUCGUCCAACCACUCGUUAUCUCCCAGCCUCUCUCUUCCUCUCUCUCUCCCUCUCUCUUCGCAGUUUAGGCAGCGACCAUGUCUCCGUCCCCUGAUCUCUCCCGCGUCCUCUCUCGUGUGCUCAUUGUCUCUAGCCGCACCGUUCGCAAGAACAAGUUCAUCGAUUUCGUCGGGGAGUACCACCUCGACCUCAUCGUGGGCUACGGCGUGGUGUCGGUGAUUGUGCCGUGCGUGGCUGGUGUGCACAUGCUACUGGACUCGUUUGAGCCAAUCCACGGCGUGCUCCUCUACGAGGGCGAGGACAUUGACCCUUCUCUCUACGACGCCGACGUGGCUGGCGUGCUCUCGUCGGAGCAGCUCUAGGCCGUGAGGUGCCUGCAACCGAGCGAUGCCGCCAUCAACCAUGAGAAGGACUCCAUCGAGCUCUGCCUCUCUCUUUCACACCGCGAUGAGUUGAUUUGUUCUUUGUUAGUAUAUGGAUGAGAUAGUCGUUUUGAUUAUGUUCUUGUGUUUUAGAUGAGUAUAUGGAUUAGAUGAGAUGAGUUGAUUUGUGCUUGUGGUUAGAGUAGCCGCGUUAUCUUGUGCCGUGGCUUGCCCGGCAGUGUCCGACGGGAGCGGUGACGGGAGCAGCAGCGGGAGCGACAUCCGAGCUAGCUCGAUUCCGAGCUGGCUCGAUGUUGCUCCCGCCACCGCCAAUUCUCAUUUUUUUUUAUUCUCUGGAAAUUCUAAUAGUGCCGGGUGGUCAACUGGCACUGAUAGUGGCAUACUAUAAGUGUCGAAUAAAGAGUGCCGGUUGAAAAAUCAGCACUAAAGCCGUUUUUCAACCGACACUAUUAUAUUGUUCUAUAGUAGUGGGAAGCACUGAAUUGCUAUUAUGCUCGUGAAGACAAAAAUCCUGCCAUUCAGAGGCGGAUAUAUUGGAUGCUUUAUCACUAAGAAUUCUUUAUUUUCUUCUUCUUUCGGUACUCUUUCCAGUUCCGAAAGUCGUCAUAUAGAUUUUCUUGUGCUCUGGGUCUUUUCACUCAUGGAGGAACUUAUGAUCAUUCCAUCUUCAUAUCCAUGCAAUAUUUAUAUUCUUGUGCUAUGCUAUAGCUAUUUGCAUUAACUCAUCUUUACAAGUUAUUCAUGUCAAUGACUCGGUGCACUUGUCUUACUUUGAAUUGAUGAUGGAAUUGUGAUAUUCCCCUACUCAAAAAAAAAAAAUUGUGAUAUUCCCAAGAGCUAGAAAUUGUUAUCUUUUUUAAUUGAAGAUGUCAUCGUGGAUCAUUGUGCACGGCAACUUGUUUUGAUGUUAUGAUUUAUAGAGUAUUAUGCAAGGUUUUGCACAUUUUUGGAUUAUGCAAAAUGGUGCUGUAGAUUAUAUUUCAGAAAAAUUUAAAGCUUGUAUUCAUUAGGAGUUUCCAACUAGGUGUUGCAUUUCCUGAACUAAUACAUUUCAAGCACCGAUGAUCUUAUACCAGUCAUAAUGCACUCUUGGACUUAUGGUAUUAUACUUGCCAUUGUUAUGACUUAUGAUGUCUUCUGCGUUGGUUAUGAUACGUUCUUUUAUCUUGUUGAAUCUCGUUGGUUAGAAUGUAAAUCAAUUUGCUUCAUGACGAGCGAUCCAUCUUUGCAAGGCUUAUUGGAUUAAAUGGAUAGUUAAUCAUUGUCACCAAGCACCAGUUCUCAAGGAUUCUCAAAUGUUGGGUUAUUUAUUUUUGCAGGUCUAGCGUGGGCCAUAUGGAGAUCCAGGAACAACAUGGUGAUCGAGAGGAAGUUUCCAAACAAACCGCAUGCAAUCUUACACAUUACUAUAUCGUUCGUGCAGAACUGGAGGCCCCUCCUCAAAGGAGACGAUAGAUUCAAGGUGGAUGACGCCACUUCGAGGGCUAGGGACUGGCUGGACCGUUUCAUUCCGAUUGAGAGUUUACCGACUGAUGUCUAUGAGCUCUGAGUCCUACUUUCUCUAUGUGUAAUAGGAUCGUUUGGCGUCUCUUGGCCCUUCCACCUUUUGUUCUGGACUUUGUUUGCACUUGUGAGACUUGUCUGGUGUGCUGGUCAUCCCAGCUUGAUUUUUUUUUACAUCUUUGUUUUUUGUCUUAAACUCUAUUUGACUUUUAAUAUAAACCG